CUGGGAAUGGGUGCGGAGCCUAAACGAGGUCGUGGUAACGGCACGAGGGUGUCGACGGUUUCUCCUAAGACUGGUAUCGUUGCUGCGGCAGUCAUCUGAAAUUUUUGCGUUUAAUGAAUAAACUUGCUAAUUAAUGCAUCAUCGAUGACUGAUCGUGUACAGCAACAUGAGAGGAUGAUGCGAUAUAUUCAGCAUCGUGAACGGGUGCUUGAUAUGAAAAGCGUAGUGAAGCAACAGAUACAGAGAAGUCGUUCAACUCCACCGCCGCGACGAAAUCUACACAGAGAGGCGGAAUCGAAACGUCGUAUAGACCUUGAAAAUGGCCGCCUUCUGCAAUCACUGAUUAGUAUUGCGACAGGAACUAGCGAAUAUAGUAGUUCGAGGCAACGAUCAAGGACACCAGCAUCUUUGCGAAGGAAGCCUUCGAAUAAGAGAAAUAACUAA